AUGGCGAGCGGCGCGUGGCCGACGCUGCCGCGGAGGAAAAGCCCGACGGAGCUGGGCUCGCUGAAGCCAGCGGCGGCCGUGAGCCGGGCCUUCCGCCCUCGCCUCUCCGAAGUCAGCAGCCGCUUCCCGGCCGGGAUUAGAACCCGGAUGUUACCCCCAUUGCUCGAGGGGUGUCCAGUCUUGCACCCGCUCGCCGCCCCCGGCGGAGAAGGGGAGGGCGGGCGCUGCGAGUGGGGGGCGGCUGGAGAGGAGCAGUGGGAGCUGGAGCCCCUGGCGCUGGACCUGUCACCUAAAGCAGCCAAGGCAGGCUCCAGCAGGGACCAGAUCCAGGCUGCGGUGCUGGCCAGAGAAACACCAACACAAGCCCCAGCAGCUGGCGAAGGGGGAAGGGGGAAAGCUGUCCCCAAGGCCAUGGCCCUGGCCAAGGCUGGGUCCUGGCCUGGCCAGGCCCUGCCCCCGCGUGCAUCCUGGCCCCGCGGCCUGGGCAGGGCUCCGCGCGGCAGAGGUGGCAUCGUGGUCGCUCCGGAACGCCGCCCGCGUGGACGCGACCGUCUCCGCCCGCUCCCGGUUCCGGCUCCCGGCCGGCGGGUCCCCGACAACAACGAACACGGCGAGCCGCCUCGCCUCCCCGGCUUCCGAGUCCCAGGGAUCUCUGGGUGGGAGCUCGCCCUCCCGGUCCCCAGGGGCGCCAGAGCGGAGCACACCGCCAGGCCGCCCGGGAACCGAGCGGACUCCCCACACCAGCUCGCCUUCGGAUCCACACCUCCUCUGCCGCGUCCUUGGGACUUGGUUCCGGUCCCCACCCCGCCGACCCCCUUAGUUCGGAAACCAAAUUUCGUUUUUGGUCCCGCCGGCUCCUCCGCAGGGGUCGCCGUGGAGAAGCUACCACGGAGGGUUUCCGCUCCAAGCCUCAACUUGCCCAUCUGUGAACAGGGCCAGCAGAGCGUGAAGACCUGCGGCUUCCAGGGCAUCUCAUGGCCCCGCCCCACCCACCUCCGCACCAAGGGCCCCAUGCUCUGCCCAAGGCUGGGAGUGUGUUUGGUGCUCAGGGAAGGAAUAAUGAAUGAAGAGGCUGAAGUAAGAAAAGCCGACCUGGCAUCCUCGUUGCUCGUUUUCUCUGCCCAGCCCAGGACUUGAGAAAGGUCUCUCCCCACGUCGUGACGGUGACCACAGGUUCAGCUCCACAGACUGCAUUUCAAGCCUUUGCUUUCGAGACGCAGGUUCUGACUUGACUCUUAAAGCUUCCUGAAGAAUUUGUUCAAAGCAGCAGAAGUUGAAGGCCUCUGCGACCUACACCACAGCUCAUGGCAACACCGGAUCCUUAACCCACUGAGCGAGGCCAGGGAUCAAACCUGCAACCUCAUAGUUCCUAGUCGGAUUCGUUUCUGCUGCACCACGACGGGAACGCCUAAAGCCCACUUUAAAACAGGGAAAGUCAUGCUACGUGAACUGUAUCUCAAUAAAUCCAUUAUUUAAAAAUCA